UCUUUAGUUUUCCUAAGAGUCUGAUGAAGUGUGAUGGCUUCUCCUAAAGUGUUGCUGUUGGGAAUUCUGCUCCUUGGGGGAGGAAUAGGCAUCGGAAAUGGUUAUUAGGAAGCGGAUUACAACGUCGAAACAAAGGAAUGUUUUAAUGACAAAUAUUUGAGUUUGGACAAUCAGUUUGGUGUGAACCCGUCUUCUCUGUCAAACUGUCAUUAGUCACGUGACACACACAUUGAUGAUAAUAUUGUAGUUCUGCCGCCGACUGUCCCACCCUGUCAAACGGCGACGACCUACCCCUAGACCAAUUUAUAUCGCAACUGACGGACCCCUGCAGAUAUGACAAGUACGUGCGACCCAACACCACCACCCCUUUGCCCAUCAAUGUGACCAUGGAAAUCACACACAUGGAAGCCACCCAAUCUCAAUUCACGUCUUAUAUGACAGUCCAAUUCGUCUACCUCGACUCAAACCUCAACUAUGAAACGUCAUCGCCCCAAAGAACAAUCAUCCUUGGAGACGAAUCUCUGAAAGCAAAAAUAUGGACGCCGAAUAUUCUCAUGAGGGACGAAAGUGGCACUUCGGUCAUAGCAACAUCGACUAAAGACAUCGUCGUUUCUAUAACCAAAACGGGAUUGGUUACCUAUAGCUACAAAAUGACGGUACAAUUUAACUGUCAAAUGGAUUUAAAAAAGUUUCCGUUUGACUACCAACGGUGCAAAAUCGCCUUCAGUGAUUGGUCCAACAAUGCCGCCAACGUCGACCUAAAAUGGACCCAAACUCCCCCGUUUUACAAAGCCGCUGAUCUACACUUCUCCGAAUACAUCAUGGACAAAGCCGAGUUUAACCUAGGUAGCGACGCCGGUCCAUACCCAGGUCUCCCAGUGGGCACUUUCACCAAACUAACCAUCGAAUUCAAGUUCCAUAGAGACAUCGGCUACUACCUCCUCGAUUUUUUCAUCCCUUCGUACCUGCUAGUGUUCACCGCGUGGGUGACCUUCUGGCUGCAAGCCGACGCGGGCCCCCCGAGAGCCACCUUGGGGGCCUCCACGGUGGUCGCUUUCAUAACCCUCCACCUAGGCGUCAGCAAAGACAUCCCCAAGGUCUCGUACGUCAAAGCCAGUGACGUUUGGUUCCUCGCUGUCAUUUUCUUCAUUUUCUUGUCACUAGCGGAAUUCGCUUUCGUGAAUGUCAUCUGGCGGCGGAAGAAACACAUCGAGCUGAAAAAACCCAAACCGAAAUAUGUGUUGAAGAGCGCCUUCAUGCCACAGAAGUCCCGCGAGGAUUUGCAGAGGUACGCGUCCACGCUCAGUCUUGCCACUAUUGGGCAGUCGAAUGAUAGUUUGAAUUCGACGAAGCCGUUGCCUCUGCAAGGGAAUUAUAAGAGUGUGGAUUCGCUGGAUAGCGCGAAUUGCCACACUGCGAUUUCGAUUCCCGGGAGUGACGAGCAGGUGUUCACUUGGACGAAGAUGACGCCGCAAGAGGUCGCUAUUUACGUCGACAGGAAGGCGAGGAUCGUGUUUCCGGUCACGUUUUUGAUUUUUAAUGUUUUGUACUGGGUUUUUGUGUAUUGUUUAUAGUUUGUGUGUUGGUAACAACUCCAAACGGGGUUGCUUGAUCUAGCGAAUUCACUAUCUGUGUUAUAGCAUAGUUUGAUCUUAUCUUAAGAUCUAUUUUUGUAUUAUUUGUUUUAAAAUAAGGAAAAAUAUUUAUGUGAAGUUUUUUGACAAUACAAUGAAAUAUAUGUAAGGAAUG